UCUGAGUCAAAGGAAAUCGAAAAAAUCCUUGAUAUGCAGAGAGAAUUGAUCAGAAAAGAUAUGCAGGGCUACGAAUAUCCCAAUGGCAAAUAUAAUAUCAGUGCCAGCAAACUUGAGGAUUUGGUGAUGGAAAAGAAAGGAACACCGAUCAGAAGUAUAAUUGUAACAACGUGGCGAAGCGGAAGCACAUUUUUCGGCGAUAUUCUUAACGCAAAUCCGGCAAAUUAUUAUCACUAUGAACCGCUGCUGCCUUUCGACAUCGUUCGAGUCCGAGGUCCUCCCUUGUCUUCGAAGGCUUUGAAGUGGGUCAAGGAUUUGCUCAACUGCGAAUACGAAGACCUAGGUGAAUAUAUCGACUACGGAAAACCACACCCGUGGGUUUUUAAUCACAAUACGAAUUUGUGGGAGCAGUGUGGACAUCACAAAGGGGUCUGCUAUGACCACAAAUUUCUCAGCUCGAUGUGCAAGCUCUUUCCAUUCCAAUCGAUGAAACUUGUACGAAUGAGGUUACGAAUCGCACAGGAGCUUCUUGCGGAUGAAAAAUUAGCCGUACGCAUAGUGCUGUUGGUGAGAGAUCCUCGAGGGAUUCUCCAGUCGAGAAAACAUCGUGCCUUUUGUCCACCAAGUCCUGAUUGUUCCGAUCCAGCUUUGACGUGCGCGGAUCUUGUCUCAGAUUACAAAGUUGCUGUUGAACUGCUGAAGAAAUACCCAACUAGAUUCAAGGUGAUACGAUACGAAGAACUUUCCCUGGAUCCGUACAAACAGGCCGAAGAACUUUACAAGUUUUACGGACUCUUCUUUCAUCCGGAAACGAAAAAAUAUCUCGAUACUCAUACAAAAACCAAUAAGGAAGUAUGGAGUACAUUUCGAGAUUCAAAAACUGCUCCGUUUCAUUGGAGAACGGAGUUAACAUUUGAAGAAGUAGAAGAAAUACAAGAAUCCUGCACCACUGCAAUGAAAUACUGGGGUUACGUUCCGGCAAUGAACGCUUCUCAUCAAAAGGAAUUCAACCCUGUUACAAACUACGUAUUAAAAUUGUAACGAAUUUUUUUUACUCACCCGCAGAGAUUUUCAAAAAUUUCAACGCUGUCCAAUUUCUAUAAGAUGGGAUUCGAAGGGAUCACGAGUGGAAAUAUAUUUCAAAUAGUGAUGAACGCAUUUUACUUACAACAACUUGUAGUACUGCGUAACGAAGUGUUGAACAGUUUUGUGAACUCUUAUCUUAUUGCAAUUGGUUACAUGAUAUGGUAUUUAUAUAAAUUCGAAAGAUUCUUCAACUUCCACAUCUACAUUUUUCAUUUUACUUUUAUUGCCGUCACAGAUAUCUUAUUCUCGAGGGCUUUUCCAAGUAGAUAGAAUAAACACUCACGAAUACGUGCACUUCCCUUUUCGAAUAUCGCGGAAGAUUAAAAACUUAUCAUCCCUGCAAUAAUCACAUGCAUUGCAAACCAUUCUUUCUACACU